AUGAAGGAGAGUCGGCUUCGCCAACCAAGAGCUGAAGGCCAGCUGCCAGCACAGAUCGAAAGCGACUUGUUGCUGGAGCACAGUGCUUGCAGAGCCACGGGGCCGGUGUUUAUGGACAAGGGGAUCUCUUUCAUGGCACCGCUGCACGGUUUAUGCCACUGCCAGCAAGGAGCAGCCUCAUCACGGCAGGAGCUAAUGUCCCAAGAACCCGUGCCAUCCAACACGAAACGAGCCCAUCCCCGGACCUCGCACACGGUGGACGAGGAGCUGGACAGCGCCUCCACCGAGGAGGCGUUGCCCGCGCUGCUGGAGGACUCGGGCAGCAUCUGGCAGCGCAGCUUCCCAGCCUCCGCUCACGAGGAGGACGCGCACCUGCCGGCCCCCGCCGGCGCCGGCCGCGCCAGGCCGCCGCCCGCGCCUCCAGGCAUGUUCUCCUACCGGCGCGAGAGCGGCCCGAGGCUGCGCCCCAGCACCGCGCGCUUCCUGGCCCACGCCAGCGCCUGGGGCUGUCUGGCCACCGUGUCCGCCCACGAGAAGAUCGCAGGAUUGCCGUUUGGGAACUGCCUGCCCAUCAGCGACGGCCCCUUGAACAACAGCACAGGGAUUCCUUUCUUCUAUGUGACAGCCAAGGACCCUGCAGUGGCCGAUCUCAUGAAGAACCCCAUGGCCUCCCUCCUGCUGCCAGAAUCUGAAGGAGAGUUCUGCAGAAAAAACAUCGUCGAUCCAGAAGACCCCCGGUGUGCCCGGUUGACGCUCACUGGCCAGAUGAUCGCAGUGUCUCCAGAAGAAGUAGAAUUUGCCAAGCAAGCCAUGUUUUCAAGACACCCAGUGAUGAGGAAGUGGCCUCGCCAGUAUGAGUGGUUCUUCAUGAAGAUGAAGAUAGAGCACAUCUGGCUUCAGAAAUGGUAUGGCGGAGUGUCCGACAUUGCCAGGGAGGAGUACUUCAAGGCCCUCCCAAGAAAGGCCUGAUGCAGCAAGAAGAAAGUCCUCGGUGUUGCGUGAAAUGAAAAUCUGUUACGUGAGGCUGCGGCAGCGACUGACUGCUGACUCUUUGCCGGGGUUCACAGCGGCACUGCCGUCCCGAUGACAGAACAAGAGAGGGUGGCCAGGGAACCCUGUGCCCGACUGGACAUUAAAGUGGUCAUUUGAAACCCCCAAUUCACACAGGUACCCACGUAUAUAGCCUUUGUCUAUAUUGUAUUCAAACCAGUCCCACCAAUUCGAGAAUCAUCGUUGAUUGUCACAGUGACGUGUUGAGACAGUUGCUGCCCCAUUCCUUAGGACAAAAAAAAAAAAAAAAAAAAAGAUGUGUCUGCGAUGUGAUUGCAUUGUAUUGUGAGAGUAUUUUUGUUGCUUGCUGUGCCCAAAGCAGUCUUGAUUGGAAGCUCGCUGCAACCAUGAAGGAAUUAAAUACGCACCACCGAGUUGGUCUUGUGUCUGGGGCGAGCACGCAGGACUGUUUGUCUAAGGAUUACCCAUCACGCUCUGGACUGGACUGCAGACGCGUUAUUAAGUCACACUUGCUAGAAUGUAUUGGUUACUUAUGAAGCUUCUGUCCCACUGUAACAUGACAAACGGCAUAAGAACCCAGAGUCUGUGCACAGCCCAGUUCUGUGUAAGAAGCAGGCCAUGGGAACACAUUAAGGAUGGGACAGCUUCAGCAUCAAGCUCCCCAGUCCCCUCUGCUAGUGCUUCGACCGAGGCUUCCCUUCUCUUAGGCAUGAGGCGUGUGGCACCCCACAUAAGAAGUGUCUCUGCCUGUGGUGUGUAGGGAGGAGAGGUGAGCGGGUGAAGAGUGAAAGGAAACAAGAACAAAGUCCAAGAAGAGGAAGCAAAGAAGUCAGUAAUCGAAGGCACUCUCCCUGGCCAGCUUUGGACCAGGCCCUUGGCAAGAUCAUCUCAUUUAAGCCUUAUAACCAGUGAGAUUCACAUCACCAUUGCUGCUUACGGGUGAGAAGACUUAGGCUCAGAGAGGCUAAGUCAGUGUCCCGUGACCUGACUCCAGAACUCACUGCGCACAAUGGAUGGAGAGGUGCUUAGAUAAUUCAUCUUGAGAAAGAGACAAGAGAGUCACUGAAAUGCACAGCUGGUCAUUGAAUCCGCAGAAUCACGGAAGUGAUGACUGGCCUGCCAGUGAUGAUUUGCCACUGACAAAUAUUCGUCUCUGAAAUUUGGUCGUUACAACAAAUUCAAAAUGUUCUACCAAUUAUAUGUAGGAGCUCUUGGUUUUUCAAGAAAUUACAUUGUACCUGAGUACACAUGUGAGGCCUCUAAGGAUCUAUAUGUGUCUAUCCAAGACCUCUUAUAUUGAAGUUUUUAAAAGAUCAAGCAGUACCCCAUUUUCUGUCUUUUUAUAAUGGCUUUAAACCCUCUCUGGUGGCUUAGGUACAUUGUAUAACAUAAAAAAGCAACACUCUAUGUAGGAAAUAUACAUUUUUAAAAUAAGUAAAAAUGUUAUUAAUGAUCAUAUUUUUGUUUAAAGAAUUAAGACAUGAACAGAGUUUGAGAUGUCAAAAUAUUUUAAGUGCCUUUUACUAAAAAUAUAGUAAGACGCACAGAAUUCUUUGUCAAAAGUCAAUUCUUAGAAGAGUUCCUAAUAAUAGCAAUUUCUAUACAAGAAUAAGGUAAUUUUGAUGAUAUUUCAUACUUCUGAGUUUAAAAAUUAUUGCUAUUGCCAAUUUAAAAGUGAGAGGGGAAAACUGGAAGAAUAAGCCACAUACUCCAUAAAUCAACCUCAUACCUUAAUUCUUUGAGCAUCACUACCUCCUGGUUCUCUCUUACGAAUAAUGUUCGUAUGCUAAGUUUGCUUUUUACAAGCAGUUUCCACUUAGCUCACUAAAUGCCUCUCUGUUGCUUCAAGGGACUUUGCAAUGUGAGUGCCAUUUAUAACCACUGAUGAAUGUUAUCAGUUAUUUAUGCAAAUUACAGGAUAUGAAGUCUAGACAGGUUGGAUGAUAAGAAGAGUGUUGAAAAUGCACCUGUUUGAGAAUGAUGGGUCCCAUUCUGGCCAGUGUGUUGUAGCAAAUCUCUGGAAAUUUACACUGAUAAAAAUGAUAAAGGCUGUACCAGAAGUUCUACACAUGGCAGUAAUGCAAGAAAAAGAAAUUAAUCGCAUAUGAUUGGAAAGAAAGAAAUACAAAUAUCUGUUUACAGAUGACAUGACUGUCGACAUAGAAAAUUCCAAAGAAUCUAUUUAAAAAGAAAAAAGAAAACUCCUAGAACUAGUGGGUGCAGCAAGAUUUCAGGAUAUAAGAUUAGCACACAAAAUAUAAUCAUAUUUCUAAAUAUUAAAGAUGAACAAAGUGGAAACCAAAAUUAAAAGCACAAUACCACUUACAAUCACUCUGAGGAAAAUAAAUAUUUAGGGAUAAAUUUAUCAAAACAUAUAAGGUCUAAAUGCUGAAAAUUAAAAGAUGCUAAUGAAAGGAAUCAAAGACCUAAAUAAACAAAGAGAUAUACCAUAUUCAUGGAUUGGGAGACACAAAAUAGCAAGGAUGUCAGUUCUCCCCAUAUUUAUCUAUAGAUUUAAUCCAAUUUCUAUCAAAAUCUCAGCAAAGUUUGUAGAUAUAUUCAAGUUUAUUCUAAGAGUUCCAAGGCAUAGGCCUUGGAAUAACUAAAACAAUCUUGUAAAAGAAAACUAAGUAGGAGAAAUCACUCUAUUCAGUAUAAAAACUUAUUUUAUAGCUAUAGUAAUCAAGAUAGUAUGGUAUUUAUUGAUGGAGCCACAGACACACACAUCAAUAGAACAAGAUAGAAAAUCUAGAAAUAGACCCACUCAGUUGGGUAUACUCCUCUUCAAUCGAGGAGAAUAGGCUUUUCAUAAAUGUGUUAGAGCAAUGGAAUAUCCACAGGCAAAUAACCUCAACUUAUCUGUCACACCUUGCAUAAAAAGGAACUCAAAAUGGAUCAUAAUUCUAAACAUAAAAUGUAAAACUAUAAAAAUUUUUAAACAUAGAAAACAUAUGUACCCAGGGUCAAGCAAAGAGAGUAUUUUGACACCAAAAACCAUAAUCCAUAAAGGAAAGUUUGAUAAAUUAGACUACAUCAAACUUUUAAACUUUUGCUCUGAAAAAGACCAUGUUAAGGAAAUGAAAAGAUAGGCUACAUACAGACUGAGAGAAAAUAAUUGCAAGUCCAUAUCCAAUAAAGGACUAGUACCUAGAAUAUACGGAGAACUCACAAAACUCAACAGUUUUUUUAAUGCAAUCAAAAAAUAGAGAAUGUAUACAGACUUUCACUGAAGAGGAUGUACAAAUGACAAAUAAGCCCAUGAGAAGAUACUCAAUAUCACCAAUCAUUAGUGAACUGCAAAUUAAAACCACAAUGAGAUGCACUAAGCACCCACCAAAAUUGCUAAAAAUAUAACAACACCAAAUAAUAUAGCAAGGACACAAAGAAGCUGGAUCAUCAUAUAUAGCUGGUGGGAAUGAAAUGGAACUCUGCAAAACCACUUGGCAGUUUCUUAUAAAACAAAACAUGCAGCUGCCAUGCCACUCAGCAAUUGCAUGGUUGGGCGUUUAUCCCAGAGAGAUGAAAACGUAUGUUCACACAAAAAUUUGUACGUGAAUAUUCCUAGCAGUUUUAUUCAUAAGAUUCAAAAACUGUAAACAACCAGAUGUCCUUUAAUGGGUGGCUGGUGAAACAUGAUACAUCUGAGCCAUGGAAUACUACUCAGCAAUAAAAAUAAUUUCUCAUACAAGCAACAACUUGGAUGAAUCUCCAGAGAAUUAGGUUGAGUGAAAAAGUCCCACAGGGUUACAUACUGUAGAAUUCCAGGUAUACAACAUUUUGGAAUGCGAAAUUCUAGAAAUGGAGAACAGAUUAGAGGUUGCUAGGGAGGAGGGUGGAGAAGGAGAGAGGUGGGUAACACGAGGGAUCCUUGGGACAUUAUCGUUCUAUAUCUUGACUAGAUCAGUGUCAAAAUCCUGGCUGUGAUACAGUAUAGUUUUGCAAGAUACUACCUUUGGGGGAAACUGGGUAAAAGGCAGACAGGAUCUCUUCGUAUUAUUCCUUACAACUGCAUGUGAAUCUAUAAUUUCUGCAAUUAUCUCAGAGUAAAAAGUUUAAUACAAAUAAAAUCUAUGGCUUAGUUUACCUAAUAAGGCAUUUAUGCUAUCUCCUGUUAGUCCCUAAGGAAAUGAAGAACUGAGCUAUGUGCCAAAAAUCUAACAGAACAGACAUUAGUUUACUUUUGUCAAUCAUUAAUCUAUGCCUCUGUGAAAGCGAUAGAAGUUUUAAGUUUUCUAAAUGUAUUCAAUUUAACAUUAAAUACAAAUGAAUAAGAAUUCAACAAAUCUCUGUAUUGAUUUUAGAUGGGACACUUAGAAGCUUCUUCAAGUUUCUGACAUCAGCAUGUCGUAAGCUACAGGUUCUUAUGUUUAUGUCUCUGACAUAACUUGAGUAAACUGUAGUGCAUGUAGGAAUCCAAGUCUCCACAUACUGAUCCUCCACAGAUAUUUACAACAAAGAACUGUAUUUUCACUAAUCUUCCUGAAAUGUUCUUGAACAUUCUGGCAAAGCAUUCUUCUCUUGUUUCUGUGAAUAGCUAUAUCCCCACCCUGGUGUUUUUAUUUACAGUGAUUGUACGAAUCCAUGAUGCUGACGCAGAGAGUAUGAUUCUGAUGUUACUUGCUCCAGUGUACCUUGUGUAUAUUGACUCCUUAUAAAAAUGUAAUUUUUUGGUUGAAAUGUGUUUCUACAGUUUUUCCAGAAACUCUGUAUUCCAUUUUCAAUAAUUUAACCAUCAUUCUGUUCUGAAAAUAAAACUUCUCUGGAAUAAUUUAUUGAUGCAUAUUUGAUUGCUAUAACAGCAAGUCAGUUAUUAUAAGAUUUGAAUUCUAAUGAAGCUAUGGUCUGUGCUAUGUGAUGCAUGUGGAGUGUGAAAUCUAUUUUCAACACUAGACAUGUCUAUUUAACCAAAGACUGUUUCGUUCUUGAUACGAUUCUCGUGCUCAAUUAAAUAAAAUUAUGACAUUUA